AUGGCCGAGGAAAAGACCUACACCCAGAACUUUGUCGACUUCCACAAGUGCGUCAACGCCAAGGGCGAGGAGUUUGCCCCCUGCCAGCAGUUCAAGCGCGCCUACCUCUCCCUCUGCCCCAACGAGUGGUCCAACAAGUGGAACGACCAGGUCGAGAACGGCACCUUCCCCGCCUCGCUCGAGCCUUAG